UGAAGACUAAUUCAUGAGAUGGCAAAGGGGAGUGACGCAGUUAUUACAGAUGCCCAACGUCUCUAUUAAAUCUACAGGAAUUCAAAUGUCUAAUCUGUAGAUAUAUGUUUUAUCCUUUGAGAAUAAAUAGUGAUUUUAAAUAAAAACAGAGGAUUUGUUGAACGGCUCUGCUCGUGAUAUUCUAAUGCCGUUGAUGUUGGAGGUUGCUGCUUUCCACCUCGAGGAUUAGAUGCGGUAGCCAGCACGAGAUAUGCCGCAGCCCAAAUCACGAAAAAUCGCCAUCCUCGGGUACAGAUCCGUAGGGAAGUCCUCUCUAACAAUUCAGUUUGUGGAAGGCCAGUUUGUUGACUCCUAUGACCCAACAAUAGAAAACACAUUCACGAAGAUGAUCACGAUAAACGGACAAGAAUACCACCUGCAGUUGGUAGACACAGCGGGACAGGAUGAGUACUCUAUCUUUCCUCAGACAUAUUCCAUAGAUAUCAAUGGAUACAUCCUGGUCUACUCUGUCACGUCUAAUAAAAGUUUUGAAGUAGUUCAGGUUAUCCAUGAGAAACUUCUGGAUAUGGUGGGGAAAGCUCAAGUACCUAUUAUAUUGGUGGGGAAUAAGAAUGACCUGCACAUGGAACGGGUGAUCAGCUAUGAGGAAGGGAAGGCCCUAGCAGACUCCUGGAACGCUGCCUUCAUGGAGUCCUCAGCUAAGGAGAACCAGACGGCGGUCGAGGUGUUCAGGACCAUGAUCCUGGAGGCGGAGAAGCUGGAAGGCGGCGUCCAACCAGGGAAGUCUUCCUGCACCCUCAUGUAGAGCUGCCAACCAAUCAAACACAGAAUAGGACACUGCACUGGGAUAUCCCGUUACUUGAAGGCUUCCUGCCAGUUCCAACUACUACUUCUCAACUGUCAUCAACUGUCUUCAACUGUUUAUUUACCAGUGUUUCUGUUUCUGUAUGUCUAUUGUUUUCCCAUUUGUUAUGAAAGGUUGAGUGACUGUUUUCUGUCAUACUGUACAUUUCCCACAAUCCACCUCUCAACUGUUCUGACCUCAGCCCUGAUGCAAAACUGAGGCCCCGGCAAGAAAUGACCCCUAGUUCCAAGAACAGGCUCUCCAACCCUGUUCCUGGAGAGAUACCCUCCUGUAGGUUUACACUCCAGCCCUGUUCCUGGAGAGCUACCCUCCUAUAGGUUUUAACUCCAACCCUGUUCCUGGAGAGCUACCCUCCUGUAGGUUUACACUCCAACCCUGUUCCUGGAGAGCUACCCUCCUGUAGGUUUACACUCCAACCCUGUUCCUGGAGAGAUACCCUCCUGUAGGUUUACACUCCAACCCUGUUCCUGGAGAGAUACCCUCCUGUAGGUUUUAACUCCAACCCUGUUCCCGGAGAGCUACCCUCCAGUAGGUUUUAACUCCAACCCUUUUCCUGGAGAGAUACCAUCCUGUAGGUUAACUCCAACCCUGUUCCUGGAGAGCUACCCUCCUGUAGGUUAACUCAAACCCUGUUCCUGGAGAGAUACCAUCCUGUACGUUUUAACUCCAACCCUGUUCCUGGAGAGCUACCCUCCUGUAGGUUUUAACCCAAACCCUGUUCCUGGAGAGCUACCCUCCUGUAGGUUUGAAAUCCAACCAUGUUCCUGGAGAACUACCAUCCUGUAGGUUUUAACUCCAACCCUGUUCCUGAUUCCAAUAAUUAGUUGGUUGAUGAGCUGAAUCAGGUUAGCUACAACUGGGGUUAGCAUUAAAACCUACAGUAGGGUUAGCAUUAAAACCUACAGGAGGGUUAGCAUUAAAACCUACGGGAGGGUUAGCAUUAAAACCUACAGGAGGGUUAGCAUUAAAACCUACAGGAGGGUUAGCAUUAAAACCUACAGGAGGGUUAGCAUUAAAACCUACGGGAGGGUUGGCAUUAAAACCUACAGGAGGGUUGGCAUUAAAACCUACAGGAGGGUUGGCAUUAAAACCUACAGGAGGGUUAGCAUUAAAACCUACAGGAGGGUUAGCAUUAAAACCUACAGGAGGGUUAGCAUUAAAACCUACAGGAGGGUUAGCAUUAAAACCUACAGGAGGGUUAGCAUUAAAACCUACAGGAGGGUUAGCAUUAAAACCUACAGGAGGGUUAGCAUUAAAACUUACUGGAGGUAGCUGCUGCACAGGUGUCCAUUCUGGCCUCAUGGUGGAAGGUGACUUGAGUUCUGAGAUAUUUUAAUAUGAUUUGUUUUCACAUUGAACCUCCUCAUAUGAGACAUGACAUGAAGACAAACAUGUCCUUGUAUUGAAAUAUAUUUUUAUUUAAUUGUAUUUUUGUUUAUUUCAUCAGUGAUUGUUUUCUUACACCGCUUUCUUCCAUUGUUAUUGUCAUUGUCACACCACUGAUUCUUACAGGAAAUUGUUCAAUUAACUUGGUGGAAAAUCCCAACUUCCUUAAGUCAAACUUUCACUUCGAGCCCGACUCAAUCUGAUCCGCAUACCUGAUGUUUAGACGUUGUUGGUGAAACUGCGUUAGAGCUGUCAAAUUCACAAGCGCCUUCCGUCAUUACACCUAGCUGUGCGUUUGAACUAGGACGCCUCGCCAGGCUAGCUUCAUCCUCGUGUGGGUGCUAGCAAGCUAGGUAGUGCUAGGUAUCAACAGCCAAUCGAGUAGAGUCCGGAAGCUAUAGUGACCUUCGAUUGGUCAAGCGUCCAGCGAUGUCGCAGAGUAUUUGCAUAAAGUUCAGCUUUCCACAACUUUGGUCCGGUCCUGUUCAUGUCCCUCGCCCAUGCUCGCAUCACCCAACGGUCCCCCCGUCCACUUUGCCUAUCUUCCAUUGGAAAUGAAUGGUUUUCCGUAGUUUCAUCGCUCAUAUCGUCUUCAUUGAAUGGCCUGUUUAUACUAGUGUAACCGAUGUGAAAUGGCUAGUUAGUUAGCGGUGGUGCGCGCUGGUUCCCCUUGCUCUGCAAGGGCCGCGGCUUUUGUGGAGCGAUGGGUAACGAUGCUUCGUGGGUGUUGUUGAUGUGUGCAGAGGGUCCCUGGUUCGCGCCUGGUUCGGGGCGAGGGGGGCGGACUAAAAGUUGUACUGUUACACUAGGAAGCGGAAUCGCACGCUGAAACAUUCAGAAGCAAUUCACUUUCAAUGGAAGGAAAGCAAGAGAAGCGGAGAGGGACCGAGCAUGGGGAAGGGAGACGAACAAGGCGGGACUAAAGUUGGGGAAAGAUGAACUUUAUUCAAAUCCUCCACGAUAUCAUGAUGUGCGUGACCAAUCGAAGCUCACCAUAGCUUCCAAACCCCUAAUGGGUUGGCUGACAGCGGCUGUUGAUACCAGUGGAGGCUGGUGGAAGGAGCUAUAGGAGGACAGGCUCAUUGGAAUGGCUGGAGUGGAAUCAAUGGAACGGUAUCAAACAGAUCAGAGAUAUGGAAACCAUGGAAACCAUGUUUGACUCCUGAUCCAUUGAUACCACUCCAGCCAUUACAAUAAGCCUGUCUUGCUGUAGCUCCUCCCACCAGCCUCCACUGGUUGAUACCUAGCAUUACCUAGCGUGCUUAUUAGCACCCACGUGAGCUUGGUGGCUAGGCCAGUGCCACUUGUAAUAUAAAUCCUCUGAAGAGGCUCUGUAAAGCGGACAUUGCAAUUGGCUGCAUGUAGUCGCAUUAAGAGAAAUCCCAACGCAGCCUUGUUGACAAGUUGGAACACUGGAAUGUGAGAUGUAAACUACACCUCCAUUAGGAGAAUAGAAAUCCUCAUUAUUCUGUUUUUAACGAUUUUUAAUUUAAGCAUCAUUAUUUCUAUUAUAACCUACACUUUCUCCUUCUGAACUUCUAACGCAAGGGGGGAUGGAUGUGGCUUCGUGACAAUGAUCGCAAGAGCAGCUGCUCAACCGAUUUGACAGUUCCAACUCAGUUCCACCUCCGAUAUCUCCAAAACAUCAGCUAUGCUGGAGUCGUCUGUCGCCUGUUAACGAUUGGUCUGAUUGAAUCUAGGCCUUAGUCUCCCAUCGACAUCAAUGCAUGACUAAGUGGAAAUUCAACUUAAGUGGAAGUUAGGAUUUACUCUUUAGACACGUCUUCUGAUGCAUUAGAGCUGUUUCUCUGUCUCUAAUGCACAGCUCUUUAUUUUUCGACCUCACCCCCCCCUCUCUCGUCGUCAGGCGGAUGUUAUUUCUUCCUAGCUGUUAUUGUCAUCAGCCCCCCAAAAAACUGACAUCCCAUUUUCUAAUGUUAAAAAUGGUGUACAAAUGUUUUUUGAUUGUAGUCAUUAAAGUGUAAAGUUAUGAUGUA